CGCCGGUGGCUACGGGGCCAGGAGCGGCGCAGGAUGGUGGACAGUGUGUAUCGGACCCGCUCCCUGGGGGUGGCGGCCGAAGGGCUCCCGGACCAGUACGCCGACGGGGAGGCGGCGCGCGUGUGGCAGCUCUACAUCGGGGACACCCGCAGCCGCACGUCCGAGUACAAGGCCUGGCUGCUCGGGCUGCUGCGCCAGCAUGGCUGCCGGCGGGUACUCGACGUAGCCUGUGGCACCGGGGUGGACUCCAUCAUGCUGGUGGAAGAGGGCUUCAGCGUGAUGAGCGUGGAUGCCAGUGACAAGAUGCUGAAGUAUGCGCUUAAAGAGCGCUGGAAGCGGCGGCACGAGCCUGCCUUUGACAAAUGGGUCAUUGAAGAAGCCAACUGGAUGACCCUGGACAAAGAUGUGCCUCAGUCAGCAAGGGGUAACUUUGAUGCCGUCAUCUGCCUUGGAAACAGUUUCGCCCACUUGCCAGAUUGCAAAGGGGACCAGAGUGAGCACCGGCUGGCGCUGAAGAACAUUGCUAGCAUGGUGCGGUCAGGGGGCCUGCUGGUCAUCGAUCAUCGCAACUAUGACCACAUCCUCAGCACAGGCCGUGCACCCCCAGGGAAGAACAUCUACUAUAAGAGUGACUUGACCAAGGAUGUCACGACAUCAGUGCUGACAGUGAACAACAAAGCCCACAUGGUGACCCUGGACUACACAGUGCAGGUGCCGGGGGCUGGCCAGGAUGGUUCUCCUGGCUUGAGUAAGUUCCGGCUCUCCUACUACCCACACUGUCUGGCGCCUUUCACGGAGUUGCUCCAAGCAGCCUUUGGGGGCAAGUGCCAGCACAGCAUCCUGGGCGACUUCAAGCCUUACCAGCCAGGCCAAGCCUACAUUCCCUGCUACUUCAUCCACGUGCUCAAGAAGACUGACUGAGUGUGGCCUCAACUCCCAUACCCUCUGCCCAGAUGCUGCCAGGCUCUGUCUGGGGAGGUGGGGACAGGCAAACAGAAGGGUUAACAAUAUAGUUGGUGCCUUUUUCA